CAUUUCUUGAACCCAUUUUGAAAGCUGCAAUUUUGUAUGUCAACAUGGCCACCACUUGUCAAUAUCGGGUCUCCGACAGUGGUGGAUAAAAUUGGUUUAAACCACUGUCAUCUUAAAAUGUGGCACCGACAUGUUCACCAUAGUAUCUGCUUGAAAGUCGACAACUAAAGAUAAAAAAAAAACCGCUCUCAUGCUUUAAGUUAGAUUUCAGAUCAAGGCAACUUUAGUUUUCUUUCACAUUUUCAGCAGCUAGUAGAAUAGAUCUAGAUCUUUUUUUCCUUUUCUUUUGUUUGGAUGCACGGCUUCGCUUUUUGUUAGGUCAAAUUGAAGCUGCAGAUGAACCUUUCUGGGUCACUGCCCCGCUUAUUGCAGACGCGCACCCAUGAAUUUUAAUCGCAGCUGUAUAAGAUUAAAAUCACAUCCGACUGACAUGAGUGUAGCUCAUGAAUCUAAGAGUGGCGAUUUGGUCUUGAGUCAUUCGGAAAACUGGCUAAAAGAGUAUUUAGAAAAGGCCAGGAAAGACUUCGAUGAUCGUUACAAGGCCAACAUCACAACUUCUGAAACCAUCAAAAACUUCACAUUAAUCAAAACUCUUGGGUCUGGAUCGUUCGGGAGAGUGAUGUUGGCGCAAUACAACCUUGACCCCAACAACAAGACUUACGCCAUUAAGAUACUAAACAAAGAGAAGGUCAUCAAGACCAAACAGGUGGAACAUACUUUGAACGAGAAACGUCUCCUGGGAAGUGUCACUAACUGUCCAUUCAUAGUGAAGCUGGUCAUGGCCUUCAAGGACACCACCAACCUUUACAUGGUCAUGGAGUUCGCACCCGGUGGAGAGCUCUUCCGUUUAAUCAGGAGAAAAGGUCGUGUGCCAGAAGCGUGGGCGCAGUUCUACUCGGCGCAAGUCGCCAUGGCGUUACAAUACCUCCACAAUGCAAAUGUCCUCUACCGAGAUUUGAAACCAGAGAACCUUCUGGUGGACAGUACUGGUUAUAUUAAAAUGGCGGAUUUUGGUUUUGCAAAGAGAGUCCACCAAACCUGGACACUGUGCGGCACACCCCAAUACAUUGCUCCUGAGAUGAUUUUGAAUAAAGGCUACGGGAAGUCUGUAGACUACUGGGGUCUGGGAAUAUUGAUCUAUGAAAUGGUCGCAGGUUAUGUACCUUUUGACCACAAGACUCCCAUCCGGUUGUAUGAACUGAUCGUCGAAUGCAAUGUUUCGUAUCCUAGCCACUUCAAACCUAACUUGACAAGUUUGUUGUCCAAACUUAUUCAGACAGACGUCACCAAACGAUUUGGUAACCUGAAAGACGGGGCCUUCGAUAUCAUCAACCACAACUGGUACAAGGAGGUGGACUUCCGGAAGAUCAUCACCAAGGCCUACCAGGCUCCGUGGAUCCCGCACCUCAAGUCCGACACCGACACGUCCAACUUUGAGAGGAACAAAGAGGAGAGCAUCUCGAUCCUCAAAGUGGACCGAUACGCCGAAGAGUUUGCGGACUUUUGAGAAGUUUUGGUUAGGAGAUGAAAGGGAGGCAAUCUCUAACUCCAAAGGGCUGAUAAUUGGUUGGAAAAACUCAGACUGGUCAAGCAAGCUGCUUUCUGGACAUGCAACCAAGACGUACAAAUCCACUUCUGCAAAAUUUGCCAGCUUGGCUGGAUUCAGCUUGCCCACCACAAAUGUAUAACUUUUCUUCCCAGAUUUUUUUAGCAAAGCUUUAAGGUGGUCAAUCAUCUCCUUAUAUCUGCUGACCCCCAGUGUCCCCACAACAAUCCCAACAAUGUUCGCAUCUUUAGCCCUUUCUAUGUAAUAGUAUCUUUUCAUAAGAGCUUUGUUCAUGUUGACCUGUUCCCAUCUGAAUAUCCUCUCAGUGGGGUCAUAGGUAUAGAACCGGCACUUGUUUAAUGUCAUCAUCAUGACUGUCAGUUCAGGGCCCUGGUUACUGCCGAUGUAGAUAAAAGAAUAGUCGUUGAGACAGUCUCCUGCUGGAAUUUCAAUCCUGCGACCACACUUAGUAAUCACAGUCACCUCAGAUGAAUCAUUCCCUUUACUGUUUUUAGAGGUAACUGGUGAUGUAGCUAGUACAUUUCUGUAGUGCUCCUUUAACUUUAAGAAAAGUUUAUCUGUUGAGAAAUAAAAAAAAAAUUAAAUAAUUAAAACCCCUUAAAAUGAAACGAAAUGAUAGCAAUUUCUUCUUUCCUAAAAGAUUUGUAUAGUGACACAGAUAUAUUACCUAUUGCAUGUAGAUAGGCAGUGCUGCAGACUAGAAUAGCUUUCAUCUCUCUUUCUGUACAAGUUCCCAGCAUCUGAUUCAUACAGUCGUCAAUGUCAACCUCAGAUUUUGUAAAUAUAUACAAAACUGGCAGUUUGGAAGUAGGGCUAAGACAUGUAUGACCAUAGUGUAUGAUACAGUCAGCACCAUAAUGCUGUGCUGCUACCUCAUCCACACAGCAGCUAGAAGUAAAAAUACCAAAUGCUAGGCACAAUGUAAAACUUAAAGUUGACAAUUUCAUUUAGCUGUUAAAAAAAAUGGUUGCUCUUAUUUCUUCAAGUUGUCAUAAAAUUCUGUAGUCAAUGAUAACUAAUUUUGUUUUGUCUUAGCUACUUGUAUACUUUAAACACUUCUACAAAUAUUUACUUUACAGAAAUAGUUAAAUAGUUUUUUAUAUGGGACAAAUACUUUUACAAACAUUAACAUAUAACGAGGAAUGUUAAAAGACUUUUUUUUAUAAUUUUUGCAUGCAAAUUUAAUAUGACAUGUAAAAAAAAAUCUAAUUUAUAUAUGAAAUUUUGUUCAGAUUUUUUUUUUCUAAAUCCAAUUUACAACUUAUGUAAUAAGUAUUAUGUAUUUUAAUAAAUUAAUAUCAGUGUAGAUGUCCCUAUAGUACUUAUGCAGUCACAGUCAUUAUAUUAAGCUGCUUAGAGGUGAUAAGAUUUCUAUAUGCAAUCAAGGUUCAAUAUUUAUGUAUUAAUAUAUAUAUAUAUAUAAGAUUCUCAGGACUCUGUCUGGCUGAAAGUGCAUGUUGAAAUAAAAAGUUUUAAAUAUAGUGAGGUUUGUCUGUGACAGAAUAUGUGCAACACACAUUUGUGACUUGUAUCAUUUUGACAAUAAAGCUAAAAUAGUAAAGAA